AUGCAACCACAAAUUAAAUUAAAGGUUUUAUUUUUAAUAUUAACUAUAAGUCAAAUUGGUUAUUCGAAAGAUGAAGCAAAUAAGAGGAUUCCACGAGGUAUCUCGUCAGGGGGUGGAGGAAAUGGUGGUGGUGAUUUUGGUGGAGGCCAUGGAGGGGGUGGAGGGGGAUUUGGAGGAAAUGGUGGUGGAUUUGGAGGAAAUGGAGGUGGAUUUGGUGGGGGUGGACAUGGUGGAGGUGGAUUAGGAGGGGGUGGAGGAUUUGGGGGAGGUGGAUUUGGAGGAGGUGGAGGAGGAUUCGGAGGAGGUGGAGGAGGUUUUGGAGGAGGUGGAGGAGGAUUUGGAGGAAAUGGGGGAUUUGGAGGUGGAGGAGGAGGAGGAGGAGGAGGUGGUGGAGGCGGUGGUGGAGCUACCAUUAGCGAAGUAACCCAAACUGUAAAUGUACCCGUUCCUAUUCCACAACCGGUAACCAUAACUCGUCCAGUUCCGGUUCCAAUACCGCAACACAUCCACAUUCCAAUACCAAGACCUGUACCAGUUGCAGUACCAGUUGCACAGCACAUCGUGGUUCCGAGACCUGUACCAGUUACAGUAACAAGAACAGUACAUGUUGCUGUUCCCACUCAAGUCAAAGUACCAGUUCAAGUUCCGGUCCAUGUUCCGGUUCCUCAGCCCUAUCAAGUGGUUGUACCACAACCAGUUCCUGUUAAAGUUCCAAAUACUGUUAUAAUACCAGUUCCUCAACCAGUGUAUGUUGGAGGAGGAGGCGGUGGUGGAGGUGGCGGCGGAUUCGGUGGAGGAGGUGGAGGAAAUGGAGGAUUUGGAGGCGGUGGAGGUGGAUUUGGUGGAGGAGGUGGUGGAUUCGGGGGUGGACAUGGAGGAGGAGGUGGAGGCGGAAAUGGGGAUGGUGGAUUUGGAGGAGGCAAUGGAGGAGGAUUCGGGGGUGGAUAUGGAUCAAAACAUUAA